AUGUCGACAGUCGUGUCGGACUGCUUCACGAUUGGCAGCAUCGUUGCUACGAAGACUUGUUAUAAUGAGGAUAUAGAAGGGGAGGUGUUGGCAUUCGAUCCCCAGACGAAAAUGCUGAUACUCAAGUGCCCGUCGUCCAGCGGGAACCCGAAGCGGCACGACGUGAACAUCGUGAACCUGUCGCUGGUCAGCGACGUGCAAAUAAAGAAGGAAGUCACCACGGUUCCCGAGCCGCCACAAUCGCUAAAUCUACACAGACUAAACACUAGGGUCCGGAAUUCCAUAGAGAAUAAGAGAAGAUUGGUGUCUGCUCUUCAAGCCUGCCUAGACCCAGAGGGCCAGAGGCUGUUUCUAGCAAUUGCAAGGGUCAUCGAUGAUGUAUCAUGGGCCGGCCAGAGCAUCAGAGUAUACAAUGAAGUCACCAUCACACCACCGUACAAGGUGGAGAAUGUAAUAGGGGAGCAGGACUCGAAGCCCUACAACUACAUACGCAAGUUCGUCGAGAGACAUUGGAAGGACCACCGCGAUCACGCCGCCGCCUCCAAUUCGCACCAGCAG